CUGUCGAGGAAACUUAUACCAAAACAAAGCUACAUAACCUCAAUAUGAUGUAUUUUUGCUUAUUCAAGAAUUAAUCCCCUGGUCAUAAUGCCUUGGUCGGGUGAGCAUCGAGGAUUUGUAGUGGAGGCUUUUUACAAGAAUGGCGAAUCUGUAACUGCGACUCAGAGGGCGUUUCGCACACGAUUUGGUUUACGCGCUAAUGAAAGUGUUCCAGACCGGAAAACGAUUUUGCUGUGGGUUCAAAGAGUAAGGGAAACAGGAUCUGCACUGAAGAGAAAACCACCCGGACGACCCAAAAAUGUGAGGACACCCGAAAACAUCGCUGCAGUGAGGGCUUCGAUUAAGCUGUUUCCAACGCGUUCAGCACGGAAACAUGCGUUAGCUCUUCGGAUUUCUGAAAGAACUGUGAGACGAAUUUUGCGAAUUUUGAAGGUGGAAAAAGAUGAAGAGAAGCCAAUAAAAGAUAGAGGAAUACUAAAGAAACAAAAGGAAGAAGACGUUGAGGAGCAUCAAGAAUUGGAUGAUGCAGACAAGAACGGUGAAAAUAAUGAUAUAGAAGAAAAGCCUGUUGUCUUUGAAUAAAAAUCGUGAAUCUCUAUCACCGCACCGACGAACUCUUCGAGGAGCAAAAUCGU